AUGAAGGGCCAAGCAGUACUACUGCCUUUGGCCACGUUGGCCAAAUACGUAUUUGCGCAAGCAGACACUGUAGCAUACACCGACGCAGAAACGGGCAUCAAGUUCCAAUCCUACACCGAUACUGUCACAAACACGUCCUGGCGCGUAGCACUUCCUUUAUCCACAGACGGCAACUAUGACGUGCUCGUCCAAAUCGAGGGCCCGAGUUCUCUGGGUUGGAUCGGUUGGGCGUGGGGAGGCACAAUGGCUUAUAAUCCUUUGACGCUCACAUGGCCAAACGGAAACUCGGUCAUCCACUCGUCUCGCAUGGCAUAUGGUUACCAUUCGCCAGACGUCUUCAACGAGACAACCUAUCAAGUUCUCAAAGGCACCACCGUGAGCGGGGGCAACCUCAAGUUCACUGCCUUGUGUAAAGGGUGUAGCUCUUGGGCAGACCCUGAUGGGAAUCAACAGAGCCUGGAUCUCACUCAACCAGCCCGUCUUGCCUUUGCCCUUUCCCACACAGUCGUGGCCAAUCCAGGCGACAGUGCCUCGAGCUUUGAUAUCCAUGACUCUGUUGGUCACUGGUACGCUGAUCUGGCAGCAGCGAAGUCUGAAGAUUUUGACACCUGGGUCAAAGAUAAUACCAUACCGGCUAGCAACGCAACGGUGAUCCUGCGACACAGGCCCAUUCGGCCAGUAGAAAUGAAGUAA